CACAUCCACUUGGUGGUUAUAGUUUCUCCAAUUGGAAGCAGGUACCAUUCAAUGGUUUCCCUCCUAAUAGGGGACUUCUCCAUUUUGGUCAAUUCCCACAUAUGGUAUUCACAUGCACAUAAUUUCAGACAUUAGGAACAUAUUACUCACUAUGCAAAAUAUGUUGGGCCCAAAAUGCAAGGAAUUGGAAGGAGAAAUCAAGAACUUAAUGAAGGUAUGGUUUUCAAUCAUAGCCUCACUAUGUUACUGUUAUUUCAUAUCAUCAAAUAUACCAAAAGGAAAGUUAAGGCUUCUCAGCCUCACACCAGUUUUGUGUCUCUUCACCUUCCUUCCACUUCAACUCUCCUAUGUCCUCCCAACAGGUAUCACUGCCUUCUUGAUUACAUGGCUCACAAGCUUCAAGCUCAUCCUUUUCACCUUUGACUUGGGCCCACUCUCUUCAAACCCACCAAAGUCUCUUCCUUUCUUCCUCUCCUUUGCUUGCCUACCCCUUAGAGGGAUCACCCAAAACCAAAAUCAACCAUACCCAUCUAACCAAACUCACCAUAAUCCCUCAAAAAACAAGGUAAGAAAGGAAAAGCUUCAUUUCAUUAUUUUCCCUAUCAAGGCCUUGCUUUUUGGGGUAUUAUUGAUGGGCCUUAAUGACCACAAACAAAAGAUUGAUCAUACAGUUAUUGUUGGUGUAUAUUGCAUCCUUGUUUAUCUAUUGGUAGAUAUUGUUGUGGGACUUUGCAACAUUGUGGCCAAUGCUGUACUUGGGAUUGAGCUAGAACUACACUCUAAUGAGCCUUACUUGUCCACUUCAUUGCAAGAAUUCUGGGGAAGGAGGUGGAACCUCAUUGUAACAAAUCUUCUUAGACACACCAUAUACAUUCCUGCGAGAACUGCACUGUCCAGGACGGUAUUGGGCCCCCAAUGGGCCUCAGUGCCCGGAGUCAUGGCGUCUUUCGUGGUAUCCGGCAUAAUGCACGAGCUGUUGUUCUAUUACGUCACACGUGCCGCUCCCACGUGGGAGGUCACGUGCUUCUUUGUCUUGCAUGGGGUGUGUGUGGUUGUGGAGUUGUGUGUGAUGAAGUGGUUGGGACACAAAGGGAUGCUACAUUGGGCUAUUUCAGGGCCCGUCACGGUGGUGUUUGUGGUGGCCACCGCCGCAUGGCUCUUCUUUCCGCCGCUGUUGCGUGUCGGGGCUGAUGAGAGAGCCUUGGAGGAGUUCAGGAAUUUAGUUGAUUGUAUAAAGGAAACAUUUUAAAAAAUGAUGUAAAAAAUUUCUGAAAUUUUUUUACCCUAAUUAUAUGUUCUGCUUAGUUAUUCAUUUUGUUUUCAAGUACAGAGAGGAGUAUAUGCCGAUUUUGUGAUAUACUUCCAAAUGUGAGAAAUGUGCA